CUCCGCAUUUCCCAAAUUUCCACUGCAUGGCUGCUGCAGCUGUCGAAAACGUCGCCGUAUCGGCGCUCCGGUCCGUCGUUCUCCGAGUCCGUCAGGCUGCCGAACGGUCAGGCCGGAAUCCAAGUCAGAUCAGACUGGUAGCGGUGUCAAAGACCAAGCCCAUUUCUCUCAUCCGGCAAGUCUACGACGCCGGCCACCGUCGAUUCGGUGAGAAUUACGUCCAAGAAAUGCUGGAGAAAGCUCCUCAGCUUCCUGAAGAUAUAGAGUGGCAUUUCAUUGGGCAUUUGCAGAGCAACAAAGUCAAAUCGCUUCUGGCUGGAGUGCCGAAUCUGGCCUUGGUUGAGGGAGUAGACAAUGUGAAGCUAGCAAAUCAUCUUGAUCGGGCAGUUUCCAACCUUGGGAGAAAUCCUUUAAAGGUAUUGGUCCAAGUUAAUACCAGUGGAGAAGAAUCUAAAUCUGGUGUAGAUCCUUCUGGUUGUGUUGAACUUGCAAAACAUGUCAAAUUGCAGUGCCCAAAUCUAGUGCUUUCUGGCUUAAUGACAAUAGGGAUGCGUGACUAUACUUCAACUCCAGAAAACUUCAGGAUGCUAUCAAAGUGUAGAACUGAGGUAUGCAAGGAGCUUGGUAUGGCAGAGGAGAACUUUGAGCUGUCAAUGGGCAUGUCUGGUGAUUUUGAGCAAGCGAUUGAAAUGGGCAGCACCAAUGUCAGAGUUGGAUCCACCAUAUUUGGGCCAAGGGAGUAUCCAAAGAAACAAGCAAAUUAGUAUCUUGCGUAGCGUCCCCUACCGUUGAUGCCUAAGUGUGUUUCUUUGUAGAACCUGGCAAAGGUUGUAGCAGAAAUGGCCUCUUUUCAGCUGUAUAGGAUACACAUGAGUGCAUAACAAUCACCAUAUGUAGCGACUAGCAAAUGACUGAAUUAUUUGUACUUGAUAUGUGCAUGUAAACAAAUCAUGUACCACAGAAUCUUCCUGAUGUUCAAUACCAAAUCAUUUUUAAGUGUAUGUUUGUCCUCCUC